AUGCCAUCGCUUCUAAUGACACCGAACGACGGAGGCAUACCUGAGUCAACUCUUAUGGCACCUUCGCAUUGGGGGACUUGGAUGAGUAUAGGUUUUCAACGUGGUCUGAACUUGAAAGCGGCCGCAAGCUACAUUGAACGAGAUUCUGGCUUCAAAGUACGAUCAAUAUCCCGCUCAUUUCGAUCCGCAGAGGAAAAAGCUCUAGUCCGACCUAGUCCGACGCUGCAAGGGGCGGUGCGUGACGUGACCUUGCUGCCACGAACAGCGACGACUGUUUUGGUCGCUGCUUUGGAUCUUUGGGGUCUUGGACGUACCAUUUACGUCUGGAAUACAUAUAACGCCUUCGUUGGAUUUACGAACAUUGCCGAUCUUUUUGUCUCCCUUGGCCUCCGCGGUGCAGGGUAUGAAUACAUCACGCUUGAUGGCGGAUGUGGAAAGCGACAACCAAAUGUUACGAGUCGUUCCACGGCCCGAUACUUUUACCUGACGUUUUCCCUCUUUCCCCCGUCUCCCCGGUUUAGCCCGAAGGGGUUUUCGCAAUCGACCAAGCCUAUAAGCCUGUCAGCGACUUUCCAUUGGCUUAAUCUUUGCUUUUAUCUUUUUCUCUCUCUCAUCUGCGCUUUUCUCUCUAAACUCUCUAUAUCUCUCUUCGUCGAUAUCUGGAUCCCCUACGGCUUGAUCACCCGAGGACAUUCCGACUUCGACACCAAUAUCUAAUUUUCUCUUUACUUCUUAGUUCCUUAGGAUGUCGCGUUACCCUUUGCGCAGCCAUCACAACACCACUGUUGUACCAGCUACACCAGGGAUGGACAGUCCUUUAUCUCAGUUAUUAGGUGAGUUGUCACCAACAGACUUUGAUACUAAAAAUGUGGCAGAUUCUAGCGCUGCGAGCGCUCAGGAUGCUACCCCUGUUCCGGCUGCGAGCCGUGUUCCAGCGUCUGGUGCUACAGCGCUGAGAAACCUUCCUCUUGCCCAUGCACAAGCAGAGGAAGAGGAUUCAAAUCACUCAGAGAAAUCGGAGGAUGUCGGUUUCAAGGGAAAUCCGACCACGGAAGUUUC